UUGAUUCUCUUGCUCUCUAAUCGGAAUAUCAAGCGGUCAUCUUAACCGACCUCUCUUUUCCGCCAACACAGAGUGUGUUCUUCCGCCAUGGCUUCCACUUCCAGGGAUCCAACUCCGCCGUACCCCAGUGCGGCUAGAAUUUCCGAUUCUCCUUGCUAUCCUCAGUACAGCGCUUCCCUCAAAUGUCUUGAAGUACAUAGCUCAGAGAAGAGCAAAUGUCAAGAACAUUUUGAUGUUUACAAGGAAUGCAAGAAGAAAGAGCGGGAAGCUCGAUUGGAACGCAACAAGACACGGUCUUUCUUCUCAUGAAAUUAUCUUCAGGCAUGUUUCUUGAUGUUAAAGUAUGUAUGUUUUCCAUGCAAUCUACAAGCCUCCCACCACUUCACAUUCUACUCGAUGAUGAUUAUUGAUCGCAUAUGCCUUUAGGGUUUUAUGUUCAUUUGGUGAAUAAUUCUAUGAAAUAUCUACCCACACUUUUAGGGUUUUUUUUUAACUUCAGAAUGUUUAGGAUUAUGCUGCGUAGGCUAUUUUACCUGAUGUACUAAAAGAGGGAAAUUGUCCAACGAACUCUUUUUGUUCCACUCUUCCUUCAUUCGGGUUCAAUGUUGAUUUUAUGAGGAGAUGCGACCACGUAGAGCUCAGUUAGGGGUCGGGUUAUCAAACGAAUGGAUAUGUAAGAAAAUUCACUGGGGAGUAGGUACAAAGAACAAGCUAUUUGUAGAUCAUUUAACUUUCUAUCAAUAUAUUUACACUUCAAUAA